UCAAAGUUGGGAUCUUCUUAGCCAAAUUGUGUUUGGAGAAGAGGAUUGCCCUCAUGAGUUACAAGGGAUAGGGAAGAAGAUUUCGAGUGAUUGCGGUGGGCUUCCUCUGGCUAUCAAUGUGAUUGGAGGGCUGUUGUCAAAGGUGGAAAGAUUGAAAGAUGUUUGGGAGAAUAUUGGGAACGACGUAAGAGCUGCAAUUGCUGAAUCAGACAAGCAGUUCUCCAAUAUACUAUCAGGCCUUAAGUUAUAACCAUUUGCCGCUUCACUUGAAACCAUGUUUCCUCUAUAUGGCAGCAUUCCCCGAAGAUUAUGAGAUGAAGGCCUCAGGGCUCAUAAGGAUGUGGGUAGCAGAAGGAUUUGUGAAAUCGAAUGGGGAUAAAAGUUUGGAAGAUGAGGCAGAGGAUUAUUUAAAGUCCCUUGUAGAAAGGAAUGUAGUUUCGGUUAGACUUUGUAAUUGGUAUGGAAAAGCAAAGAGGUACAACAUGCAUGAUCUUUUGAGAGAUUUAUGCAUUGGGAAAGCUGAUGAUGAGAAGUUUCUACAUCUGAAGAAUUCUCCUAAGGUCAGAUUCUCUAACCAGCUGCGCCGUGUGAGUAUUCACACAUCAUAUGUAUUGGAAGAUAUUGAUGAGUAUGCUUCUUCAUCAGAGAUGUCACUUGUUCGAUCAUUUCUACUUGUGAUCAAGUUGGAUAGAAAUCUAUCUCCCAUAGUUUUCACAUUAAGCUUGCUUAGGGUGUUGGAUUUAUUGGAAAUGUGUAAGAUUAAGUUCCCGGAAGAAAUAUUACAACUUGUGAACUUAUGCUACUUAUCUAUCAAUUGCAAGUCAUUGCCAAGAAGUGGAAUAUCAAGAUUGUGUAAUUUGCAAACAUUGAUUGCUAGGCUAUCCUUCUAUAGCUAUUGCCCAGUUGAGUUGUGGGAGAUGUAUGAGUUAAGACAUCUCAUCAUGUUGGGUGUAUAUCUCAGGAUAGAAGAUGAUUACAUGAAAAAAAUUGUUCUGAAGAAGAUGCAGACGAUACGGGGUAUGAAGCUAAAUCCGUCAGUGAUUAGAAUGGGCUUCUUGGAAAGCAUUCCAAAUAUAAAAAACUUGGAAAUCUUUUAUGAGGUUGAAGGCUCAUCAGGGAAGAGUGAAGUAGUUGAUCUGAGUCAUCUUCACAAACUCCAAACGUUAUCCUGGAGUUCAAUGUUCAGGCAAUAUCUGCACGGACUCAAAUUUCCAUCUACUCUUAGAAAAUUAAGUAUCUAUGGUUGUGUAAUAACUCCGGCAGUGACGACGGCUCUGUGUGCACUACCGAAUCUGGAAGUGCUCAAGAUAGAGGGAUGUACCUUCAAAAGCAAUGAGACAGGAGAAGAAGCAGCAAAUGAAGAGUGGGAGAAAUAACAGAAGGAGAUGAAUUCAGCUCAUUGCAGUUUCUACUACUCCAAGAAUGUUAUAGACUGGUGUGUUGGAGAGCUGAUGAAACCAACUUCCCUAGACUUCAGCAUCUCAUUAUACGAGAUUGUGAUGCGCUAGAGAAAAUCCCCGCCGGCAUUGGAGAAAUCCCAACCCUCCAAUUAAUCCAGUUGGUAGAGUGUGGUGAUUCUGUGGUGGCCUCAGCGAAACAGAUUCAGGAGGAGCAACAAUUUGAAUACGAGAACUACCAACUCCAACUUCGUAUCUCAUAAUUGCACAGAAAGAAGAAGAGAAAAGAAAGGAAGAAGAAGAUGAAAGACUGACUCUAGCCGUAGAAGAACAGAAAGAUGAAACCCAUGGGAGGG